CGAGCCUGAACCGCUUGACAGCCGAAUGCCGUGAUAGCCGAUUGCUGAUAUCAUAUGUAACGAACAUGGCGGAAUCUACGAAUAAUUCGGAGGAUGACCGACUGUCAUGUAAGAUCUUGAUUAUUGGUGCCGGUAUGGCUGGAUUGUCGGCGGCGACUCAUUUAUUGAAGAACAACGAGACGGAUUUUCUCAUGGUCGAAGCGCGCGGACGCAUAGGUGGACGAAUCAUCGCGGUGCAACUCGGCAAUGAAAAAGUUGAGUUAGGAGCAAACUGGAUUCAUGGAGUAUUAGGUAAUCCCAUGUUUGAGUUGGCGAUGGCGAAUGGUUUAAUAGACAUUGUACACGUGCCGAAACCUCACAAAGUAGUGGCAGCAUUGGAAGAUGGGAAACAGUUGCCAUUUCCCGUGUUGCGAGAGAUUUAUGAGGCUUACGUAUGCUUUUUGCGACGAUGCGAAGAAUACUUCUUAAGCACGUAUAGUCCACCGGAUGGUAUAACCAGCGUAGGGGCGCACAUCGCCCUGGAAGCAGAGAUUUAUCUGUCGUCUUUGCCACCUGAGCAACGAAGAGUAAGACAACUGAUCUUUGACUGUUUACUCAAGAGAGAAACCUGCGUCACAGGCUGCGACAGUAUGGACGACGUGGAUCUCCUGGAGAUGGGCUCCUACGACGAGCUUCAAGGUGGUAAUAUCAGUCUUCCGAACGGGUAUAGCGUUAUAUUGGAGCCAGUUUCGAAACAUAUACCAAAGGACCGUAUUCUUACCAAGCAUGCCGUAACAAAGAUUAGAUGGCAAAAACAAAAGUGUCGCCAAGACGAUGUCGGUCUUACGGAAAAAUCUGUUUCUAAAUCGAAUAAUAGCCUUAUAGAAGUACAAUGUGAAAAUGGAAAGACGAUCACCGCGGAGCAUGUAAUAUGUACGUUACCGUUGGGCGUUUUAAAACGGACAGCUCAGGAUAUGUUCGAACCGUCGUUGCCCGCAUAUAAACUCGAAGCGAUAAACAGACUGAUGUUCGGUACAGUGAAUAAAAUAUUUCUCGAGUACGAACGACCUUUCCUAAAUCCCGGUGUAUCGGAAGUGAUGCUCCUCUGGGAUGACGAGCGAUUAUCCGAGACGGAGAAGCGGGAUAUCGGCAAGACCUGGUUCAGGAAGAUAUAUUCGUUCAUCAAGAUCUCGGACACGUUGCUGCUCGGUUGGAUAUCCGGUCGCGCGGCGGAGUACAUGGAAAAACUGAGUACCACUCAGGUGGCAGAAGUGUGCACAACGAUCCUACGGCGAUUCCUCAAUGAUCCCUUUGUACCGACUCCGAAGAACUGUUUGCGCACCACGUGGCAUUCUCAACCUUAUACGCGAGGUUCUUACACCGCGAUGGCUGUCGGAGCGAGUCAACUGGAUAUCAGGAGUUUGGCCGAGCCGUUGGUUCAGGAGAAAACGGAAAACGAGACUGACGAAACGGUGAAAAUUUUGGUGGCAUUUGCGGGCGAACAUACCCAUUCCUCGUUCUAUAGUACGGUACACGGGGCGUACUUGACUGGUCGAACAGCGGCUGACGUACUAUUGGGCACCAAACAAAGUGAGAAGCACGCGUUGAAUCUUAGUUGCGAAGAUACUAGCGAUCUCAGCUCGUGGAUACAAGGUAUCGCGUCGGCACCGGCGAUGAUUACGAGAUAUUCCCUCGUAGUUACCGAGGUAUGCGUACGAUGCUAACGGUACACGGUCCACGCUUCUCGCUGCGGGCUGUUCAGCCUAUUUUAUAACGUGCGUGUUACUCGAGCGUGUUGUCCUACUAACCGAGGCAUUAUACCGUUCUACUGACGAAUCUUCUUUUACACAUUCAGGGGCCACGAACUCGGAGGAAAAAUACCAAGGUAUACACAUGCUCGCAUAUGUUUUUCUUCUUCUCAUCUUCUCAACUUUCCGAGACAUCCCUAAAGUAUGUAGUUUAUCACACACCCUGUUGUACGUUGCGAGUUUAUCUAUUAAUUUUGUUAAGGCUGAGAAAGACGUUCGCAUAGCAAAUGGUAAUCUACUGAUUUUUCCUUCUCACUCUUUUACGCUAAGAAGCAGGAACCAUUGGUUCAAGUAUCGUAGAUAUGUAUAAUAUGAUAAAACGAUAAACUAAUCGAGACCAAUCUUGCGCAACAGCAAUGCACUGCGCUCAAUAAAAUAAAUCUACCGUCUCACUUAUAGGAAGAUAGGAAAGAGCUUCUGUCGAUUUCUCGUCGAUUGGCGAAAUAAUAUUAUCGGCAACAUCUAUCCAUAUAAAAUCAUUCAUAUUUUGUCUGUGAUUAACUUUAUUGUCUGCGUGAAUCGUAACGUGCGCGCGCGAUAGCCCGGUUUACUUCCAGCAUACUCGAUGCGUAUAGGAAGAUGUAAUUAUUAACUAGUGAGUCUCUGAUUAAACUACCGUGUAAAUUUAUCGAUGGAAUUUGACGAUUUUUUAACGUAAGAAUUCUUCCCGUUGCAAAAGGUGGAUGUCCGUUCUACUUUCUUGCAGUAGAUCCGAGCGUUAGGAAGUGCCGAUACAGUUACUAGGACAAUGACGUCUCCGAACCGGUAUCGACAGAAACGGUAGACUCGAUUUAUUUAGCGGGACAUGGCCGUAGAUUGCUGACGUUCGCGCGAAUAUAUCCGUCGCGAGUUUGCUUCAAGAAUAACGCGACUCAAAAAAUUGUCAUUUUGGUUUAUUUCUGACGCUGUGAUUUAUUUGCAUUAAAUGGCCUCUGGUACGUUUGUACCUGUUUUCAAAAAAACUCCCUCGAAUAUUGCGUCACUUUUACAAAAAAGAUAUAAUAGCACACGGACGAUCAUAUGAGACGCGUUGAUAAUUAAUUGUUCCUUUCAUUAAAUUUACGUGCAUUAAAUUUUUUAUACGUCGUUCUCAUAUAUACAACUGACUUUUUUAUAUUUUUCUUGCUUUCACCCGCAGAUUCUUAGAGUUUAAAUAACAGAAGUGUUUGAGAAU